CAAUUUUGAAAUCUAUCUGAAUGAUAUAAUGAAAGGAUUGGCAGUAGAGCUCAAGAUAGAGAAUCCUCUAGAAGGGAGAAGAUUCAGGGACAUAGGUUUACGACAGAAAGUGGAGAUCCUGCAGCAUCUGUGUGAUUCCAGACUAGAUUCUCUUGAUGUCAUGGACCAGUUGAAGGGGUUUGAGGGAGAUAACAUGCGUGUCGAGGCUUUAGGUAAAGACAGCACUGGAGCCACGUACUGGUAUUUCUAUGGCAGUCGACUUUACAAGGAAGAUGCAGAACCUGUUAUAGAGGAACCAAUCAAGGAAAAAAAAGUUAGAAAAAAGACGAAGGAAAAAGAUAAAAAAACAAAGGGCAAAAGUAAAAAGCGUGGAAGAAAAAGUGGCAGAACAGCAAAGACUAAAACAAAGCAAGAAACAAAGCAGGCUACACGCACAUCUUCUCGUACCUCUACCCGGGUUAGCAGUCGACUCAGGGCUCUUGAGGAACAGAAUUUUGAGGACGAGGAAGAGGGAGAAGGAGAAGAUAGCAAUGAAGAUGAGGAAGAUGAAGAGGAAGAGAUGAAGACAGAGGAUGUAAAUGAGACAAAAGAUGUUAAAGAGACUGAUGAAACCAAGAAAGAGAUUAAAGAGGAAGAGGAUGUAGCAGAAGAAAGUGAAAAUAGAUUGGACAUGAAAGGUGAAAAAGAAGAAGAUGGUGACAAAUGUGAAAUUAAAGCAGAAGAACAAGACGUUAAAGAAGAGUCUGAAAGCCAAAACCAUGAUGGAGAUAUUGUGAUGAAAGAUGACGAUGAUUCAAGGGAGAGUAUUUCAGAAGACAUUGCAACUAAAACAGAACAAGAGCCGAAGAAUGAAAACCCAGACAGUGCAAUGGAGACAGGAAACAAUGAUGUGAAAGAGAAAACAGAAUUGGAAGGGAACACUAAUGAAAACAACAGUAAUAAACCUGUGGCCUCCCUGGGCCUACCUCUACCCGAGGUUAACCCAAGAUGGCACCUUAUCUGUAAGAAUUUUGAGGACUGGGAUGCCCUUGCAGAGUCAUUUAAGGAAAGUAAGAUCAAAUGUGAGCGUGACCUUUGUCGCUGUAUCACACAGGACUUCCUUCCUGCCAUUCCUGAAAUCAUGGAAGCCAGGGAGAAGGAGAGGAAGAAGCGGUUGUUAGAAGCUGUUCCCAAGAGAGCUUCAUCAAGGAUCAGUCUGAAGCGGAAGGAAUUAGAAGAACAGGAAGCUAUUCUGGCAGAGGCAGAGGCUGAGGAAGAGAAACAGAGGAAACUAGAGGAAGAAGAAAAGAGGAAGCUAUUGGAGAUAGAGAAAGAAGAAGAAGAAAAGCGUUUGAGAGAGGAACGACAGAGGAAUAGAGAAGAGCGAGCAAAACGACUGGAGCAGAGAGAACAGAGAGCACAGUUGAUAGCUGAAGGGAAAGAGAUCCCACCUGAACUUCAGUACACUGCAUCUUCAUACAACAGCAAGUAUAGGGAGGAAGAGGAUAACGUGGGACAACAUCCAGAGUUAGAUGAUGAAGAUAUUGAAGAAAUGGAAAAAGUGCUCGAAACAGUGAAAAACCAUAAAGAUGCCUGGCCUUUCAUGGAACCAGUUGAUGAAGAAGUUGCUCCAGGUUACCAUGACAUCAUCAAGAAACCAAUGGACUUGUCUCUUAUUGAGAAACGGUUGAAAAACAGAAGCUACAAAUCUAAGAGACGAUUUGUCAAGGAUUUUAACCUGAUGUGUGAAAACUGUCGACACUACAACGGGAUGGAAAGUGACCUGGGACUGAUGGCCCAGAAGCUGCAGCGCUGUGUCAACAAGGCUGUGCGUUUCCACAUGGACAAGGUGAAAGACAACUAUGAGGCAGAUGAGGAGUUCCGUAUCACACAGGCGGUGAGAGCUGAGAAGAAGUACCGGCCUAAGAGGGCAGCCAGUUCUCGAGCCAUGGAUACCCUCCACCGUGCCAUGAACUAUGAUGAUGAUUUUGAACAG